AUGAAAUCGAAGAUCGGUGUCGACCACUGGUGCCAGCAGCUCACCUUCUUCAUCGCCACGGGUCGCUUGCACUGCAUCGACAAAAUCGCGGCAAUCAUCGCCCAUCUCGAACCCAGAUCUGCGCCCAUCCUUGACAUCAAGCCCGACUACCUCCACUUGCUCCCACCAGCAGCCCACUCGUCAUCCACCUCAUCCAUUUCUCCCUCGAGGCUCGACCAAACCGAGUACCUGAGCACCGGGCUGAAGCCGCUCAGCGUGCAGCUCAUCAAGACCGCCAAGACGAAGAUCGUGAUGGAGAACCUCUUCAACUGGCGUGCGGUGAGCGAGGUGUUCAAGGUGGUGGACCCGCACAGGCUCAGCUACGCCAACCUCUACGACGCGUUCGACCUGGACGACCUCUCGCUGGUGCUGCGCCCCGAGUGGCUGCCCCUCACGCCCAAGGUCGGGUCGGUAGUGCUGCCCUUCCUUCUGCUGGUGCUCUACGUCAAGCUCGCCACCAACACCACAGGCUCCGAUGACGUCAGCAUCCUCUUCUCCAAGCUCAAGCGAUCGCCACCGCUGAUCGACAUCCCAAACAUGCCAGCAGAGGUGUUUCUCUCGGCGCUGGCCGAGCGUCGCGUGCGCUUCUUUGAGUCGCCCGCUUUGGAUCAGUUCGGCGUCGAAAGAGGUCUAAAGCUUCAGCGAUCCACGCUUUACUGGAACGAGUUGUUCGAGAAUGCCGAGUUGGAGUACCUGGCGAAGAGCUAUCGCGCUACCGAGCUGGCUCAAACCAUCCGCGCUUCAGUUCGCGGACCGGUGGACAUCGAGAAGUCCCAGCCGCAGACCAUCGGAGAAAGGGCUGAAUUGGCCGCACGCAACCCAGACCGGCUGGCCCAGUUCGACGAGUGCUUUCAUCGAAUGCAACAGUAUAAAUACUGCAGCCCCUCCAUCUUGCUCUCGAAUCUUCGCUUCUUGAGCUCGCAGCGAAAGUGGCUUCACCCUUCCCAGCUCACACCGAACGUUGUGGACUUUCUUCUCUGGUGUCUGGAGGACUACUCGCGCCCCAACUACAUGUACACGCCGGUGAUCAUUCCGUGCCUUCAGCUCCUGACCAAUUGGCUGCGCGUGUGCAACGACGAGACCGCUGCGCAUCUACUGAGGACAGAUCCGCAGCGACCCGUCGCAGAGCAAACGCUGAAGGGAGUGUCAAUUCUCGAGAAUGUGUUUAGUCGAUGCAGCCCAGACGGAGCCCUGUUCGCUCUUUGUAUCACCUAUCUCGGCGCUUCGGUCGGAGUUCUCGGGGACCGGAGCGAUGUGAGCGUGGACACGAUCUUGCGAUACCUCGAGAAGCAGCCCGACGUUCUUGUAGCCCUAAUUGAUCGGCCCGACGGCAUUGUCUAUUUCAGGAGGAGCAACCACCUUGCGACGAUUCUCAGCGGCGUCGGCGAUGCCAUGGUGAGCCUCCCCUUCGACCGACUGGCCCGCGUGACCCACCUUCUCCUCCGACUGUGGACUCCGUCGCCGGACCAGAUUCUUCUCCGGCAGCGCGCGGUGUCGCGAAGGCCGGCCAAGGGGAAAGAGAAGGUCGACGACGCUGGCGAGGAAGGUGUCGCGUCGGCCGAUCUGCCGCCGCUCGAGCACGGGCUUACCCUCUUCCAGUUGCUCCAGUACGUGUUCGUCACGCGGGCCAUGAAGCGAGCCGCCUUCGUGACCUCACCGCCGCCGCCAUCGUCGCACGCCGGACUGGCCGCUCACGAGCCGACCGAUUGGCUUCGGGCCAUCGCCGUCGAGUGCAAGGCGGCUUACGAUGAACUCGUCGAUCGAGGCGGCACCCCGCCACCCACUUCGAAAGGCAUGACCGUGUUCAAGAAACACUACGAGGUCUCGGCGCAGGAGGAGCAACUGCUCGAUGCGUCGAGGCUCUUGAUGCUCGAGCUAGUCUCGCACUCUGUCCGCCACUCCGUCGACUCGUCCACACUGCCGCUUCCUCUCGAUGAGGUGACGCGGUAUCGACGCCACGCCACCUCGUUGGUCUGCACCAACAUCGAUCCGCUCCAGCUCGUGGAAGAGGACCGCGCCUUGGUGCUGCGGCUGGUGCUCGACGUGCUGUUGGGCGAAGUGUUCGCCUACACGUGGAUUCUCCAUGCCAUGCAGAACAGGGACCCCGCGCUAUUGCCCAAGAUUGUCGAGUGCAAGGACACUGCACUCUUCAAGCAAUCGCGCAAUCUUACCCAGUCCCUGGGCGUCCUUUUUCCCAAUAUGGUUGAAAAGGAAGUGCGCACGUUCAUGCAGAUGAUCUUCCUGUGCAUCAACACGCUCUUCGCGGCGGUCUACGUGGUCAUGUCCGGCGAGCAGUGCGUGCGCGCUCUGCAGACCCUUUCCUUCAUUCAAUUCGCGCGAGUGCCGGUGGCCCUGUACGACCAGAUCGUCCACACGAUUGCGCGACAGGCGGCCGUGGACACGGACAACCUUAAGGGCGUCGUAGAACUGUUUCCCAUUCCGUCCAAGGCCGAUGGGGAUCUCAAGCAGCUCGACGGUCAUGAGCUGGCACGCCUUCGCUUCUUCAUGGUCGCAGUACUUCCCGUCCUCCCGCUCGUUCCCGAGAACUUGCUCAGCGAGCACCUGCUCCCGAUGAUGUUCAAGAACGUGGCCCACGAAGACGCCAGAGUGAGCAAGGGCGUGCACCAGAUGUUCAAGUCUCUGUUCAUCGACCCGUGGGGCUAUGGCAAGAACGCGAUGGCGCCCCACGUCAUGAAGCUGGUGCCCUACUACAUCAAGGUCUGCCUCGAGUACUAUGGCUACAUCCCGUUCCCGGCCUUCACCGACGGCUUUCUCGCCAUUGUGUCGGCCCUCCCGCCCACCUCGUCGCUGGUGGUGCUCAGCCUGAAGACGCUGACCGACAAGAUACUGGAAAUCCAGCAACGCGCGGCCGACUCGAAGGCCGGCAGCGGCCAGCAGCCACUCCCGCCGUCGACGCUGCACGACCCCAACGACCCGCGACAGCUCAUCCUGCUCCUCUUCAACUUCAUGAUCAUCGCCGACGUGCAGAUCUUGGACGUGGUGCUCGUGCUCGUCCGAAACAUCGUCAAGGGCAGCCCGAAGGAAUCAUGGCCGCAGCUGCUCAAGUACGCGCACGACGUCAUCCUCAACAACUUCGAUUACACCCGCAAGGAUCAGUGCGUCAAGUGGUACCUCCGCUUGCUGCACGAUCUCCAGCUGGGCAGACAGGCAGCGCGCCUGGUGCCCCCUGCCUGGGCCUCGAGCAAGGACGACACAAGCACCUCGGCUCACCCACCCGAAGCGGCCCGCCUGUAA